AUGGGAGCUUGUUCUAACAAACCUCAACGCAAGACUAAGUAUAAACCAAAUACAGGAAUAUGGGGCACUAGCACUACAGCUUCCACUGAAGAUAUUAACUAUUUUUAUAAGAUUAUCUCGUAGCUAGGAAAAGGCUCAUUCGGCUCUGUCAAACUAGCUACUUAUAGAUAAGGCCAAAAUGAUCGCCGCGAAAAAAAAUUGUUUGCAAUAAAAACUAUCUUAAAGGACAGAGUUAAAGAUAAAAUUUAUAUGCUCCAAAGAGAAUUAGAAGUUCUAAAAACUCUUGACCAUCCAAAUAUUAUAAAAUUUUAUGAAACAUAUCAUGAUAAAAUGUAUAUUCAUUUUGUAAUGGAGUAUUGCCCAGGAGGUGAUCUCUUUGAAUAUGUAGCCAACAAAGGUCCUCUUGAAGAAUUUGAAGCUGCUUAAAUUAUGAAAAAACUCUUCUCUGCAGUAGCUCACAUUCAUUCUAAAAAUAUAGUGCAUAGAGAUUUAAAGCCUGAAAACAUACUCUUUACUAGCAAAGACAAGACUAGCUGGGACAUUAAGAUUAUAGAUUUUGGUCUUUCUAGAUAAUUUAAUUCAAAUGAUAAAAAGCACAUGUCAGUAGUUGGAACCCCACUUUAUGUUGCCCCAGAAAUUAUAGGAGAGAAGAAUUAUGAAAAAGAAUGCGAUAACUGGAGUUUAGGAGUUAUUAUGUAUAUUUUGCUUAGUGGAAGAGAGCCUUUUUAUGCUAAGAGUUUAAAAGAAGUGUAUGAUAAAAUAAGAAAUCAGCGUUACGAUUUUAACGAUUCAUGCUGGGAGAAUAUCACAAAGUAAGCAAAAGAUCUUAUUUCUAAACUUCUUACUGUAGAUCCUAAGAAGCGUUUUACUUGUGAAUAAGCAUUAAAACAUUAAUGGUUUAGUUAAUUUUCAGAAAACAAAGACCAAAAGGAAAUUAAAAAAGCUUAAGAGCGUAUUAGCAAUUUAUUGAGCUAUAACAAUUCAGCAAGAUUUAAAAAAGAAGUUGUUAAAAUAUUUAUUAAUCAUUAAAUUAAGUAAGAGGAAUUAAAGGAAAUAGAAAGCGCCUUCAAAAUGCUUGAUAAAGAUGGAAAUGGAGAGCUUUCCUUUUAUGAGCUACUUGAUGCCCUUAAAAGUUAAAACAUAAAUAUCACUGAAUAAGAGCUUCUUAGAGUUAUCAAUAAUGUGCAUGACUCUAAUGAACGUAAUUUAAACAAAUUACAUGUAAACUAUACUGAAUUUAUUGGAGCCGUGAUUGAUUGGAGGUCAAACAUGAAUGAUGAGAAAAUGUGGAAUCUUUUCAAAUAUUUUGAUGUAAAUAAUACAGGUUACAUAACAAAAGAAAGUCUAAAGGAAGUAAUAUCAAGAGAAGGACGUAGAAUGAAAAAUGAAGAUUUAGAAUAAAUGAUAGGCGAAAUAGAUUAGAAUAAAGAUGGUAUGAUCGAUUUUAAUGACUUUAAGAAAAUGAUGGAAAAAGACAUUGAAAAUGCACCUGUACCUGAUGUCUAGAUAGAUGAAAAAACAGGAAAAAAAAAAACUGUCAUAGUACGCAAUACUUCAUAAUAGCAAUAAGAAGAUUUGGAUUAAUAUUGA